UGAGGACUACAUGUAAUCAUUAUACAUUCUUUAUAUUUAUUAAUAGACAUAUAUAUAUAUAUAUAUAUAUAUUCCAUGUUAAUAGAAAAAAAAACAAGAAAAAACAGUAAAUGGUAAAUAGAAUUGGAUAUAAAUAAAGUUUUUGAGUAUUCAAUCAGACUAUUAUUUUCAUACAUUACCAAGUAAUAAUACAAGUGUAACCGACAAAAGACAUAAUAAGAAAAAAGAGUUUGUGCUUUCUUUCCUUUUUUCUUAAAUAAAAAGAAGAAAAAAGAAAACUUUUUCUUCUAUUCAAUAAAACGAAUAACCAAGUAAAUGUUUGUUUGGAAAAAGGGAAUAAUGUUGAACAAGUUCAUAACGAAUUAUUUUAAUGUGAAAUUAUCUUUUUUAAUAACCUGGUGUAUAUUUUCAAUUAAUUUUGUCAAUAUUAAUGCUUAUCAAUCAGAUAAUUUAUUACGAAAUCAUUGGUUAAGCAAUAUUCAAGAUGAUGAUCUUAGACAAGCAAUAGAAGAACAAAAUAUUACAGAAGAACAAUUAAGAGAUCCACAUCAAUUUGAUCGUUUACUAAAACGUUUAAUAUUUCUAUCACCUAAACAUUUACGAAGAUUUAUGAAAGUAUUAAGAGAAUGGAAUAAUCUUAGUCAGCGUAUAAGGUAUGGAUGAUUAAAACACUAAACAGAUAAACCAUUACUUUUCUCAUUUUAUGGAGUUACUUUUGAAGAAAAUACUUUAGAUAACCAAAUAGAAAACAAAAAUUGUAUAACUAAACAAUCUUGAUUACUAAGAAUAUAAUAGAAAUUGUUUUAAUGAUUAA